UCUUAAGGCAGUGGCCAUAAAAUACACAGAUACAGUUAAAAAAUCCUUUAAAAGGAUAUUUUUAUUUCAUAAAUUAAUUCUAGUUAAACUUAAAAAAGUUUAAUUUUAGUUCCCUUAAAUUACAGUAACAAGUUUUAUGAAAUUAAUACACUGUAAUUAUUACAGUUUUUGUGAAAUUACAAUUGCCAUUUUUGUGAAAUAAGUUGAAUUUAGUGAAGCCAUGGGUGACGAAAAAUCCAAACCCACCUCAGUGCUGCAGCAUAUAGAAUCCGUGCUAUAUGUGAUCAACCAGCUGUGCAUAGGUUUCGUUACUAUCUGGGUCAGCUGGAGCUGUUUGCGGAAGGACCUCUCGGGAAUUUAUCUCCAUGCCUGGCUGGUGACCUUUGGAUUCGUUUUCCUGAUGGCCGAGGGCAUGAUGUGCUUCUACGAUGGCAGUUGGCUAACGCUUCGCUACUCCAGGAAAUACAAAACUGCAUUUCACAUAAUCCUUCAGAUCCUGGGAGGCGGCAUGGGCGUGGCUGGCUGUUUAGUUCAGCUAAUUCGGGACGAUUGGUUAAUAAGCGUUACACUUCAUUCCCGUCUGGGUUUCGCCGCUUUCGUCCUGUGCCUCAUCUCAUUACUCAGCGGCCUAGCUGCCUUCCUGGCAAGAUCCUUUAACCGGAUAAUAUCCCCGCUGGUCAACAAAACCUUCCAUGUGGUUCUCAGCUUUGCCGCAUUUGUGAUCGCCAUGAUGGCUCAGUUCUAUGGAUACACGCAAACUGGAAUUUUCCGAGGACAAGGGCAGGAUUUUGUGUACCUUAUGCAGGUUGUCACGAUGGUCCUCAUGGUCCUCACCAGCAUUGGAGCUAUGAAAUCUCUCUAUCAGAAAUUUGGCAGCUUAACCAGUUAGCCUUUCCGCUGAACUUUGUUCAAGCUGCCCAUUAAAUUAAGCUAGAAAAUUACUGUAUUUAUGGUCUAGAAUAAACAACCUGUGGUGGAAUAUUGUACAAAAAAUGUUUAAACACAUUUAAAGGAUAAAAAAAUUAAUACUAAUAUUGUUUAUAAGAAAUUGAAUAAAUACAUUUUUACAAAAACUAAA